AUGUCGUCCGCCACCCCGACGCCCGCCUCCGCCUCUCCGCCCUCGCCGCCGACGCGUCCCGGCGCGGACAGGAAGCAGAGCCACACCGAGAGCGACAACACCGCCUACAGCCUCGACUUUGCCGCUUUGCCCGGCGCCUCCAAGGACGAUGCCGACUUCUCUCUCAAUGGCGAGCCGCUCGAGACGGUUCGCAGCGAGGACAUUGACGGCCCGAGCGACUUCACCCAGAACAUGGAGUUGUGGAUGAGGGGACAAGUCUCGCCCAAGACCGAGAGGCCCACGCGACACCCCGAGUCACCCGAGCAGCAGCACCAGGAAUCGCAGCCGUCGCCAGCGCGCACCGCUCCGGCACUUCCGCAGCCUGAGAUUAGGUACAAUGGCGAACGGACCGAAUCGCCGGAGCCCAUUCAAGAAGAGGAGAACAAUGACCCAUACGAAUCGGAAGACGACGAAGCCGGCGCACAAGCUGCCAUGGACGACCUCGAGGGCUAUGUUAUCUCGGACGAACAGGACGAGGAGGGUCCCAAGGAGCCUCCACGACAAGGUUCCAUCGACAAGCAAAUCGAGCUUUUGUCCAGUAUGAAUGAUGGUAACGAAGCAAAGCAAGACGUGGUCCCAUCACCACCUCGCCAAACAUUCCCCUCGCCGCCACGCCAGAUAUUUGCGUCACCGCCACGCCCGACAUACGGAGAAUUGAAACCUGCCUCGCCAGCGAGGAUGCCAUGGCUCCAACCAACGGUCGAGGACCACGUCGAGUCACCACCACGUGCCAAACUUGAUGUCAACCCUCCUUCAAGAUCAGACACGCCAGAGCUCAAACUAGAUAGCGACUUCUUCCGCCGACCACAUCCGAACAUCAGGCCAACCUUCUCGCGCACCAAUUCUGCAGCCUCUUCAGCAGCCUUCAGGCCCUCCAUGUCGAGACACGAUUCCACUGCUUCAAGGUUCAACCUCUCUGGAAACUCGAGGCCACUGUUGGGUGCCUCUCUGAGCUCUAGGCCGAUGUUAACGCGCCAUAAUUCAUGGGCUCCCUCAGGUCAAUUCAUGCCACCGCAUCUGAUGAUGCAGGGCUCAGCACCAUCAUCGGUACUGCCUUCGCGUACAAACUCGGCACAGCAUGCUGGCGAUUUACUCUCGCAGAUCACUCAACACAAUGGUGAAAUCGAGCGCCAGAAAUUGGAUUUUACUUCUAGGAUCAUUGGCUUGGAGAAGAAUCUUGAAAAAACAAGGACAGAUCUGGCCGGUGCGCGGGACAACGAGCAACGUCGUGUUCGUGAGGUUACAGCUCAACACAAUGAGCGGGUAAGGGAGCUCGAGGCUCAUUGGGGACAGCGACUGGCAAUGGCACAGGCACAGUACCAGCGCGAUCUUCAAGAGCAAAAGGCAUCCUUUGCACUUGUACAGUCGAGUUUCGAAUCACGUCUCUCAGGCACGGAGAGCGGGCUGCAGGCCCUUCUUUCACAAAAGGAGGCUGAGCUGGAGGCUUCGACCAACACCCACAAGCAAGAACUUGAACAGCAGCGUGUGGGUUUCGAGGCCAAAGUCUCAUCUUUGGAAGAGCGACUCUGUGAGUUGCAAAACAAGAUCACCGAGCAAGCCAAAAGAGACGACCUCGCCCCCAAUAGGACAGAUUAUUUCCGUGAUUCUGCGCCAAAGGAGGAGUUGGAGCAACACUUGGCAGCGCAUCAAGCAGAUUCACACGCACGCAUUGCGGAACUCGAAGCCACGCUUGCCACCACCAAGGCUCAACUUGCGUCCAUGCGUUCCGAGAGUCUCACUAAAGGCAAACUCUACGCUUUUCACUCUGAAGAUCACAAGCAAUCUGAACAACAAAUCGCUCGCUACAAAACUCAGGUCGCAGACCUAGAGUCCAGCCUGAGUGUCUUGCAGACUCAGCUCAACCAGACCCGGAACGAGGCCAGCGAUGCACAGCGCGAUGUCCACAAUGCUAGGGAAAGCGCACAUGUGCUGCGUACCGAGCUCUCAGAGAGCCAGAGCCUUGUCGGGGAGAAGAAGCGCCGAAAUGACCAACUCCGAGACGAGUUGGAAGAGGAACGGACAAAGGUUGCUGCUAACCGAGACAUGGCGAGGAUGUUAGAGAAUGCGCGCGAGGAACUCGAGGACGAGCGGUCUUCUUCUACGGAGCGGAUCAGACAACUCGAGAUGCAUCUGGAUGACCUCGAAGAUGAGCACAAGAACGAGCUGGAUAACCUGCGUGAAAAGGCAAUGGAAGCAGUGCGCAAGUCUCAAACUCUGGUCAAUGGCGAAAGGAUUGAGAAGGCAAGCCUCAAGAACCAGCUCAAGGGCGCAAGGACCGAAGUGGACAUGCUCAAACAGCAAGUCCAGCAGCUCCAGAACCAAAGGCGCAGGAGCGACUCGUCCAGGUCUGAUGGUAAGGGAGAGGAGAUGGAAAGGCUCCGUGCAGCCCUCCUCGAACAGGCCAACGCAGCCAAAAUGGCGAAAGCAGAGGCCGAAGCUCUGAGGAUGGAAUUAAGGAUCAUCAAGGACGACAACGAAAGCGUCAACCAAGCAAUGGACGACCGCAUUGUCGUGCUCGUGCGGCAGCGGGAGCGCGAAUGGAAAGCCCGGUACGAGAAACUGCAGCAAGAGAAGAAAGCAAUGGGUCGCGCAUUGCUGCGGCAGUGGGGCCAAGAAGAAUGCGGAGUCACAGACCCGCAAGAGUACAAAUACCACUAUGUGGAUGUUGGAAAGUAA